GUGCGCCGCCCGCGGUCCGGUCACGUCCCCGCGCGGGCGCCGCCGCCCGCAUAGUGCGGAACGAAGGUGCCGCGGCCCGCGUUUGCCACCCCGCCAGCCCGCGCUGCCCGCGCCGCCCGGAGCAGCUUGGCGGAUGCACGGUGCCGCGGCCCGGAGGUGAAGGGCGGAUGCCCGAGGCAGGGGGGCCGCAGGGAGCACCCGUGGCAGCGGCACUGGCGGCAGGCCUUCCAGCCGCACUUAGCAGCAUCGCCACAGCAACCGGGGACCAGACGGCAGCAGCCUAGGCAGAGGCAAGUGGGCAGAGGCGAGUGGACUGCUUCCCACCAUCAGGAGGACAGGAAAUGACUGCUGCGCAUCAGGCCAGGUGGCAGCCCGGGGAGGGGGAGUGUCACUAGAGGGAGGGUUCGGCCACCUCCCGCAGCAGGAGCACCAUGCCAGCCGCAGAAGAGGCGCUGGGGCAGGGGCUGCAGUGGGGCCUGGCCUUGCCCCACCGCCCACACUGAGCGCUCCAGGGCAGCGGGGCUCCGUCGUCCGCCGGGCACGCCACCUGCGUCUCAGCGUCCCCUUCUCUUGGGGCAGAAGGAGAGGCGCCAGUCUCGUGCUCCUGUCUGGGCCCGCCGCUGCCAGACCAUGGGAUGUAGGCAAAGCUCAGAGGAGAAAGAGGCGGCGCGUCGGUCCCGGCGAAUCGACCGCCACCUGCGCUCAGAGAGCCAGCGGCAGCGCCGCGAGAUCAAGCUGCUCCUGCUGGGCACCAGCAACUCGGGGAAGAGCACCAUCGUGAAGCAGAUGAAGAUCAUCCACAGUGGAGGCUUCAACCUGGAGGCCUGCAAGGAGUACAAGCCGCUCAUCAUCUACAAUGCCAUUGACUCACUGACCCGCAUCAUCCGUGCCCUGGCCGCUCUCAAGAUUGACUUCCACAACCCCGAUCGCGCCUACGACGCUGUGCAGCUCUUCGCGUUGACGGGUCCAGCUGAGAGCAAGGGUGAGAUCACUCCAGAGCUGCUGGGCGUCAUGCGGCGGCUCUGGGCCGACCCUGGGGCGCAGGCCUGCUUCGGCCGCUCUAGCGAGUACCACCUGGAGGACAACGCGGCCUACUACCUGAACGACCUGGAGCGCAUUGCUGCGCCCGACUACAUCCCCACUGUCGAGGACAUCCUGCGCUCCCGGGACAUGACCACUGGCAUUGUGGAGAACAAGUUCACCUUCAAGGAGCUCACCUUCAAGAUGGUGGAUGUGGGUGGCCAGAGGUCAGAGCGCAAAAAGUGGAUCCACUGCUUCGAGGGCGUCACAGCCAUCAUCUUCUGCGUGGAGCUUAGUGGCUACGACCUGAAGCUCUAUGAGGACAACCAGACGAGUCGAAUGGCAGAGAGCCUGCGCCUUUUUGACUCCAUCUGCAACAACAACUGGUUCAUCAACACCUCACUCAUCCUCUUCCUGAACAAGAAGGACCUGCUGGCGGAGAAGAUCCGGCGCAUCCCGCUCACCGUCUGCUUCCCUGAGUACAAGGGCCAGAACACCUACGAGGAGGCCGCCGUCUACAUCCAGCGGCAGUUCGAGGACCUGAACCGCAACAAGGAGACCAAGGAGAUCUACUCCCACUUCACCUGCGCCACUGACACCAGUAACAUCCAGUUUGUCUUUGACGCAGUGACAGAUGUCAUCAUACAGAACAAUCUCAAGUACAUAGGCCUUUGCUGAGGGGCCGGGCCAGCCCGCUUGCCUGUGACGAAACCCCUGGGGUGUCCCACCCCAACUCCACUUGUGCUAGGGAGACCCAGCCCAGGGGCAGAAAAUGGGGGGCCUGAAGAUGUCCCCCCCCCGCCCCUCUGCCUCCUUGGCUCCCACAUUUCCACAAACAUAAAUAUAUAUGGAUAGAUUGCUAGGUAGGUAGACACACACACACGCACACACGCAGUCUGGAGACAGCAAAGUCCCCCCAAAGCGUUGAGGCCUCUUGAAGACUUGAGGAGCUGCCACCAAGUUCCCUAUAAGCCCUUUCCCCUUCCUGAGUCGGCCCCACUCGGCAUGGGGGCCCCCGUGGGACUACGGGGGAGGCAGCUGGGCCACCUGGAGGGGGCCAGCUCUGCCCUAGAAUAGGGGUCUUGCCACUGACCGGGAGGGAGGACCAGAAAGGGUCCGAGCACCUUCCCUGCUGGACACGCCCACCUCUGGCCUACCCGGUUCUGGAACCAGGGUACGCAGCCAGCUGACAGCACUAACCAGACCUCCAGCCACUCACAGCUCUUUUUAAACAGCUUCAAAAUAUGCAGCAAAAAUCCAUACAAUAACAUGAGUGGCACGAUUUGUUUCCAACCAGGCCAGCUGGGUUCCAGCUUUUCCUACUCGUCUGAUGUUUUAUAAAUCAAACCUGGUUUUUCUUCUCUGACAUCCUUUUUUUUGGCCAAACCUCGUGGUGUUUCGCAGAAAAACAAAUACAGACAAUUUCAAAUGCAGUUGAGUAUUCUUUUUUAAAAUGCAGAUUUUCGAAACCUAUUUUUUUUCAGGUGGUCCUUUUUGUGUCUGGCUUGCUGAGUGUAACAGUUGUUAUCUGGAUGAGUCUGUCCCUUGCUCCCGAGCGACGCUGGAGCGACGGCCGCCCUGUGGCAGCCUCGCAGGGCAGCGUUGUACAUACGCCUGUGCAGCGUCCUCUUGUUACUGGUGCGGUUUCUGCUUCGUUUUUAUUUCAGAAAAUAAAUGUGAUGUAUUUAAAGAAGGUCCUUCACCUAGGAGCGAAUGAACAAUAGCUAAAUGUCUUGGUACUUAAAGAUUAAAUUAUCUGUGUGGCUUCGCAAGUAGAGGAAGGGAAGGCGAGAGACGGGGCUCUGGGCCCAAACACCCGGCGCCCGAGGCCGAGAGCGGCUGCGACUCCUGUGAAGGCUCCGCCAGCGUUGUAGCCUGAGGGAGGCCCUGCUGGGGCCACCAGCUCCGCCCAUUCUGCCCUGGGGCCUGUGGCACCUGCCGCUGUGAGAGGACCUUGGCCAAGGGCCACGUGUAAAUAUGAACCCCUGCUGCCGCAGAGAGGGAAGGCACCACCAGAGACCUUGCCAAAUCUUCUCUCUUCGCCUUUGUUCAGUACCGACGUGUCCAAGGUCAGGGCGCAGAGUCGCAGCCAAGGACUUUCAGAGAUGAACAGAGGGAAGAGGAGCUGGUAUGGUAUGAAAGUCACAGA